AUGUGGCUUUGGCUCUGGCUGCUCCUCCUCGCAGCACAGCUGGCAGCUCUCCACGGCAGCUCUUUGCUCCAGCAGACCCCUGGGGAGAAGGUGGUCCAGACCAACACCGCAGUGAGCCUAACCUGUGAAGACAAAAUCUCCCAAAACAAGCCUAUCUACUGGCUGAGACAGCGCAAGGCCCCAAGCGCGGACAGUCACCAUGAGUUCCUGGCGGCCGUGGAUUCUAAGAAGACGCCUGUGUACAGCAAGGACGUGAAGGGGGAGAGGCUCGGUGUGAGUCAGGUGGCAUCCAAGUCCGUGCUCACCCUCGGGAGCGUGCAGCCUGCUGACAGCGGCGUCUACUUCUGCAUGACCAUCGGGACCCCCACGCUGACCUUCGGCAAGGGAACUCGGCUGACCGUGGUUGACGUCCUUCCCACCACCGCCAAGCCCACCACCAAGUCCACCCCUAAGAAGAUCAGGUGCCGGCCCCCAAGCCCGGAGCCUCGGAAGGGCCCGCCGUGUGGCCCCCUGACCCUCGGCCUGCUGGUGACGGGCGCCGUGAUCCUGCUGGUGGCCUUGGGUGUGGCCAGUCACUUGUACUGCCAGCGGAGGAGAGCCCGGAUCCGCUUCAUGAAGCAGGCCUCAAAGGGGAGGCACGUCAGUAACGCCUGUCCUUGCUGCCUGCCUGGAAAGCACAGCCAUGCUGAGCUCUCACCAGAGCUGCUUGGCCCCUGGUCCCCUGAGAAUCAGGGCAAGAAGCACAGGCCCACAUGGUGA